UAUUUUCCAAGAUAAAAUGAAUGAUGAUGGAGAGUGUCCAGGGUCCUCAUCCGCGCUCUUCAUAUUUUCCGCCUCCUCCGUCUAAACAUCCAAGCAGCAACAAGCAGAAACCUGCAAUUAAACAAAAUGUCUUCAAAUUUCCUUUGACCAAGAAUAUUCUCUGGGACCAAACCCCAAUAGGUUCUUCAAUCAAUCUACAUCCAAUGCACAGGAGGAAUAUAUCUCUAUGCGUAUCUGAAGCAGCAGUACGGCUAGCUCACAGGCAUGCCCUUCAAGCUACUAGUCAACCAUAUCAUGGAUUCUUGGUUGGAACAAUCACGGUAGAUCCAGAUGAAGAAGGCUUGACCAUGUCUUUAGAUCGUUUUGAUCCUGGACGUGAUGUUCCUGGUCGUAACACCCGUCUCCCAACCGCUAAGCUACCAGCUGAUUUUGUUGUUCCUCUGACAACCUUCCUAGGAGAUGCUGACAUAUCAGCUACGCACACAUCAGAUGAUUUCAUUGCUGCAUUCAAGCUUCUUGAAAGCAGUCUAACCAUUCAUGGAUCGGUUGACCCUGCCAAAUAUUUGACCCUUCGUGCCCUAUGUCGUUGCCAUAGCAAUACAGAUGACAUCACACUCGGUCUUCAUUUUGGAGCUGUGUCAGUGUCGACUUCCUUUACCGGCUGUCCAGUGAAGUCCAUUCCUAUCAUUCCAACUGCUUUAGCCAGAAAUCUUAUGGGUCCCUUGUCUUUGAGUGAUGUCCAAGGCUCGUACAAAACAGGAUUUCUAAGCAUGGAUGAGACAAGGAAACUGCUGCUUCUUCUUGAAAGUGAUCCUAAGGCCAGUACGAUACCUCUUGUUGGCAUAUGGUUGAGUGGUAUAACUCAGAUGUCUAAUCCAGUUGUGUGGUCAGCCUGUUUACGUUAUCUCCAUAGUAAUGGCAUACACGAAAGAGUUUCUUCUCCGAAUGGUGGAUUUCUUGUGGUUAUGUUUACUUGUACAUCCCGUCAUCCUCUCUUCUAUGAAUGCAUGGUGAAGUCAGAUCAGGAACCAAGGUUUAUGCUUGUGGGCUGUCGGGAAAACCUUCAUGUGUUCAAGCAUGCUCGUGCUAAGGGGAAACCCCCAGUAGAGAUGGAGCUUACACCAGCCCGUAGUGGACCCAGUAAGUCCCUCUUCAUGCAGUCUCUAUCACGGCUGACUCACAAACAUCGUAGGUCAAGUAAUAGUAGAAGAAGGAGCACUGCUGCUGAUAGCAUGUCAACAGAAGAAUCUCAUCUGAUGCCCAGACCAAGUCCAAAGCCUAUAUUAGAUAAGAGCCCUUCGGUAAUGCCAUCAGUUCCCGAGCUCUCUUUCAUAUCUGACAGUUUCUGUGACCCGACCGACCAUACGACCACUAACCAAGUCUCUGCUAAUGUCCAUCCUAAACAACAACCUGACCACCAUCCUGUUCAGAGGCAACGUCUUGGUGGUCAGAGUGAGGAUUCUCGCAUGACAAGACUUCAUGGUACCUCAAAGACUCCUCUCUCAGGACAACAUCCUCCAGGAAUGAAAGGAACUGAUCAGACCAAAAGGCAGAAUCGACCUGGUCCACUUCGACCUCUGAAUGGCCAAGAAUUGGAAAAUGCCCGAAACAAAGCGGGUCAUAGCGCUGAAACACAAAAUGCAGUUAAAAGAACAAAUCAAAUGAAGAGCAAAGUUCAGUCUUCAGGCUAUGGCCUUCAUCAAAGACAUACUAAUAGACCUAACAAAGGAAGACCUUCUGUAUCUCAUGGUGGUCAAGACAGAUCAUCAGUACGUAGCCUGCAGCAACAGUCAAGUAAGAAGCCAGUACAGCAGCCAAAAUCUUCUGAAGAUGAAGUCGAAAGGAAUGUCCAACCAUCUUCCAAUCAGCCUCUGCAACAAUCAGGUGAUGUUCACUUGGUUGGUACCGACAUUGUCCUCCAAACCCAUCAGCCCGACACUCAUAACAGGUAUCACCACUCGCCAGUCAAUGUCCAGCAUGCAGAAGCACAUGGAUAUUCUAACAUACCCUCUGAAGGCUAUAAUACUCUGCCAGAAUAUAUUCCAUCUGAAGGAGAGUUCUAUGCUGAUGCUUCUAAUCACCAACAAGGUGGUGUAACAACUGGUUUUCCUUCUGAAUGUUCACCAAAGACCACCUCCAUCCAAGGCCACCCACACCCAAUGGCCACAGCCGAUGAAGGACUUGUACAAUCUCCAUCGCAUGAUCAGACUCGGCACAUUGAAGGUGUGACUGCUGGGAAUGUGAAGGACAAUAAAGCCAGAAGUGAUGCUGGUACAAUGGGAGGUACGUCAAAAGAACUGUCUGGUAUGGACAUCCGGACAAUGGAACAACUAAAGAGACAAGAGGAGAUGAUUCAACAGCUUCAGGAACAGAUUAAAUUGCUUCUUCAAGCACACAUACCCCAGCCUCCCACACCUUCACCACUGGGACUGUUGGCACCUCCUGCUACUUCUCAAGGGGCUCAUAACCUUUAUAUGCAGGAAUCACCUGGUCACAACGUUCCUCCUGGUACAGGUCCACUCCAUUCCAAUCCUGGAAUCAACCCACAAUCUCCAUCUUUGGGUUUGUCCUCUCCCAAAGGACUUCAUGUGAGAGGUACUGCGUGUGCAGCUCCUGCCAGUCCUGUAUCUACCAGAACUGCUACAACAUCCACAGGGUUCCCCUUGCCAAGCCCUGUAAUGUGUAGCAUGGCUGUGAACACUGGUCAGAGCUUGUUCUGCUCUGCACCUUUGGUCUCUGAAUUCCCUGGUUCACCUCCUGUGGAAUCUGACCCUAAGGAUACCAGACAUCCAUCCAUACCUACUCCUGGAUCUGCAGCUAUGCCUGCUCCCGAGUCUACCUCCACCCCUGUAGGUACCCAAUCUGAUGAUGUCAAGGGGCUUCACUCUAAUACCCUUCACCAGACUGAGAGAGUGGUGGAGAUGGUCGAUAGUAUCAGCAUUAGCAGUUGCCCAGAACCUUCUCAGACGUCAUCACGUUCACCUCGAUCAAGUGAGCCACACACCCCAAGACAGAGCCCAGAUAGGAGCCAGGAUGAAUCAGCCCACAUCUACGGAGCCAACCUUAGCAGCCCCACCCUAGGGGAGAGCGCUAGUACCUAUGCUCCACCCCGCCCUCAAGUGUCAGAUGAAGAGAGCAGCGAUUCUGAUGAAGAAGAAGAUGAAAAGAGAGAUACAGAGGAAGAAAAGGGAGUCAACAUGGCAAGUCCAAGCUUACUGUAUCGGGAUGAGAAAAGAUUCUAUGAUAAUCUACUGGGUCAGGUUCAAGAAUUGUUGCAUUCUGAUAGCACUGACCAACCUCCCACACCAGACCCUGUGCCUUCAGAUGAACCUGAUCUGCCUAGGGCCUUGCCUGACAUAUCAAUGGCUACCUUAGAUGAACUGCAGAAGCUUGGUAUCAACCUUCAUAGCACUGAUAUCACCAUUACGGACAGGUCACUAUAUAGAUCGCUGUACAAUGUGAGUCCUGAUCUUCAUCCUCAAAUCAACUAUGUCUCGCUGGCAGAUUUCACCUUUGACCCCUCAGAUCUGAGCAUGGAGGCCAAUGCCAUCGCCAUGAAGUAUCUCAGUGAUGGUGAACUAGCCAAGAUGUCUGCUGGUUUCCAAGGUGACAGGACACCGGGAAAGCGAGGUGGAGUGAAUCCACUUCUAAGAUCGGUUCUUACUGGUAUCAGAGAAGAUGGUGGUGCUAGCGGCAGAGGGGGCGAUGUGGAUUCGAGCAUCGGCGUCAAUAUGUCAUUAGCGAGUCGUAAAUACAUGGAGAAGUAUGGGUUGAUGAGUGGAUGUGAGGCUGCAGUGUCCUGUGCUGAUUCUUCAUCGCCAAGAGGGGUUGGACACUUAGCGAAGCCAUCGCCAGUACGCUUUAUGAAGUCGCCUGCUGUUGCCAGAACUUACUCACCUAAAGAAGGAACAAUUGAAAUCAAGCGUGGCUUGCAAUCUAAACCAACCAAACUAUCGUACAAUCCGACACCUCCGAAAGACAUCAUUACCGAUCAGUCAGAAGGGAUUAAUACCCCAAGAACUGGAAAGGUCACUUCAGACAGUAAGCCUACAAAUGUUCUAGGACAACUGAGGAAGGGAGAUAAGGAGCCUUGUAUGCCUUUAACAGGGGAUGAAAAAGACAAGGGAAACAUUCUGGAUAUCAGCAAACUGAAACAGCUUCCAAAGCUCUUAUAGCUUGCAAUGUUGUAACUGGGUGUAUGAAUAGAGAACGACCUAAGUCCAUCUCUAGGCCAAAAUGAGUUAAAUGUGGGGACUUUUUCCAUAUACAUAACCCCAUCUUGUGAGUAAUUCACAUCCUGGAAUUCCAGCCCUGAAUGACUGAAACACUGAUGACCACAAAAAUCAUUUUGUUGUUCUUUAUUCUCUUGAAAUGACCUUUGAAUGGACUUGUGUCGUUCUUUUAUUUGUAAUCUUGUCAACUACUUUUUUCUUAAAAUUGGGUGUAAUCUGUGUUUAUCUACAAGCACAAAUUUCUAAGUCAAUAAUGUUAUUAUUGAAUGUAUGCUUUACAUGUUCAUGAUUACGUACUUGCACAGAAAUUAUUAUAUGCCAUAUCUAUUUAUGUACAUUCUGUCAGUUGUGGUUUAUACAUGUAUGUGACUAUUGUGUUGUUAGUGUUUAGAAAUGAUCUAUACUGUAUAGAGAAAUAGAGAGAGAUUAAAGUGAUAGUAAAGUGAUACUAUCAAAUCUAAACUACUACUACUAGUAGUACUUCCCAAGACUAGGAUGUAGUUGUGGUUGAGGGUUUGACAGUACACCAGUGACAAAAGACUGAACAUGUGACGAGGUGAAUAUGUAACUCAAAUGAAAUUGUAAUAAAAAACGUGUAACUUUUGAAUAAAAUGGUUUUGAGGAAAAUAACUUGUCAUAAUUUAAUGUCUAAUUGACUAAAAUAAAAAAAAUGAAAUGAUAGAUGUAAUUUAUCCCUCGAGUCAUCUUUGAGUGAGCACACAUUAAACACAUCGAGUGUAAGAUUGUUUUCAAAAUUCACAGAAGACUGUUUUCAUCUUCUUACGAGUAAAAUUUGGCAUUUAUUGCUGUUAAUUUCAACGUGUGCACACUCAAUCAUGAUAUUGAAUAUAUCUGUUAUUUUUUUUUACAAUUGACAUCACUUGUUAGUGUGCUUUUUUCAAUAAUCUGGAUGAAUGUAGCAAUUUCAAAUUUAGGAGUUCUAAACAUAGGAAAUACCUCCUAAAACAAUUAUCUUCAUCCCAAGGUCAUUGUAAAAAAAAACUAUAUGUGAUUCUAAUGUGUAGUAAAAGUUUUGCUUAUCAAAAGUGUUAAUAAAAUAUAUUGAUAUCUA